AGGAGAAUCCAAAUUUCCUCUAUAUUCAUUAACACAGGCUGUACUUCUGUUAUUGGAGGGAUAACAUAGAACAACUGUAAGUUAGUGGAAUUGUGAACAUAAAGAUGGAUAAAGACACGCGCCAUUAGCUCCCGCAACAAAGAUUUUCUCAAUCGCGUUUUCAAACUUCCACAUUUUAUCUCGAAAUAUAUAUGAAAACUAAAUAUGUUUGUUAUCCAAACCAUAAAAUCAGAGCGGUCAGACUCUAUGUUUGAGUUUAUCUUAUCUGGCGCAUGCCUUAAAAUUAGGCCCUUCAAUCUUAAUUUAACCCAGUUGGGUUCUCUUCCAUCUUCAGUCCUGGUGAGCUAAAUGCUGGUUUGAUCAUGGGGAAAUUAUAUCAGAAUAUCUGGAUAGUGGGGUGCAUUGCCUUGUUGGCUUCUCUUAAUGCAGUUCAAGUUUGUUCGGAAAGUCCAAAAGUCUUUACAUUAGAAAAGGGUGAUCUGCGCUUGAAGCUCACAAACUUGGGGGCCACUGUAUUGUCUGUAGUUGUCCCAGAUGCCAAAGGGAAUCUAGGAGACAUUGUUCUUGGGUUUGACUCCCUUGAUUCAUAUAAGAAUGGCACUUUGGACCCUUACUUUGGCGCACUUGUGGGGCGGGUAGCUAACAGAAUCAAGGAUGCGCAAUUCACUUUAAAUGGAACAGUGUACCAUCUGCCUGCCAAUGAUGGGAAUAAUACACUCCAUGGGGGGACAAUUGGAUUUGACAAGGUGUUAUGGAAGGUAGCAAAAAUUAGAGGGGGAGCUCAACCUUCUAUUCAGUUCACUUACCACAGUUAUGAUGGAGAACAAGGAUUCCCUGGUGAUCUUGAUGUAUCUGUUACUUAUACUAUAACUGGAAAUAAGGAGCUAGCGGUUGUUAUGAAUGCCAAACCUUUGAAUAAAGCCACCCCCGUGUGCUUGGCCCAGCAUACUUACUGGAACCUUGCAGGUCACAACAGUGGCAGGACCAUACUUGAUAAUAAAGUGAAAAUAUGGGCUCACAGUUAUACUCCAGUGGAUGAACAUCUUCUUCCAACAGGGGCUAUUGUGCCUGUACAAGGAACCCCCUAUGAUUUCAAUAGGGAAACCACUGUUGGGAGCAGAAUCAAGAAUGUGCCUGGGGGUUAUGAUAUAAAUAUGGUUCUGGAUCCUCCAAAGAAGAAGAAUCAUCUGAGACAUGCCGUUAGAGUCAAUGAUAAUUUCAGUGGUAGGAUUCUGAAUAUCUGGACAGAUGCACCAGGCUUGCAAUUUUACAGUUCCAAUAUGCUGAAGAAAACUGUUGGAAAAGGAGGUGCAAUUUAUGGGCAAUAUUCAGCCUUGGCCUUGGAGACUCAGACCUUCCCUGAUGGCGUCCACCACCCAAACUUUCCAAAUACAGUUUACUAUCCAGGGCAGACCUACCGUCAUACCAUGGUGUAUAGAUUUUCAGUGCAGAAAUAGGCAUCACAUGCCGAAUGUGAAGGAUACAUAACAGGGCUUGCCAGUCUAUCUAAUAAAUUUAAUGUUUAGAAAUACUACAGAUGAGACUUGCAGGCAUUGCCAUUGAAAGUGAUUUUUUGAAAAUUUCUUUUGGGAAGAAAAUGUAUCUGAAUUUUCUUUCAUGAAAUAAUAUUUUUUGGUUUUCUUUA